AACAAUUACACAAAUCAUAGAAGAGUACUAGUGGGGAGAAAAAGAGAGUGAACAAUGGAAGAACUAGCGAAGGGGAAAAUGGGAAGCCGAAACCGGAGGAGUGGCCGGAGCAUCGAGUACGUGUUUUCCGGCAGCCGAAUUUCGAGAAGCCUCAGCCACGCUGAAGAAGACGAAGAAGCUCUGCGAUGGGCGGCGAUAGAGAAACUUCCCACAUACAACCGAUUAAGAACCAGCAUCUUCAAAUCAUUCGCAGAAUCCGGCGAAGAACUCGGAGGAAGCGGCCAAACGCAGCCGAUUCUACACAAACAGGUAGACGUUCGGAAUCUGGAAAUGGAGGAUCGGAAGACAUUCAUAGAGAGGCUCUUCAAGGUCGCUGAGGAGGAUAACGAGAAGUUCUUGAGGAAACUUAGAGAUAGAAUCGAUAGAGUUGGAAUUACGUUGCCGACUGUUGAAGUGAGAUAUGAGAAUUUGAGGGUGGAGGCGGAUUGUGUAAUCGGAAACAGAGCUCUUCCGAGUCUUGUGAACGCGAUUCGAGAUUUGGUUGACUGGGGUUUGAGUUUGUUUGGAAUCAACUUGGCGAAGACUACUAAACUCACCAUUCUUAAAGAUGUCUCUGGGAUUGUUAAACCUUCUCGGAUGACAUUGUUACUGGGGCCUCCAUCAUCAGGCAAAACGACCUUACUUUUGGCCCUCGCGGGAAGGUUGGAUCCUAAUUUGAAGGUUAAAGGAGAAAUCACGUACAAUGGAAACAAGUUAAACGAAUUUGUGCCUCAAAAGACAUCUGCAUAUAUUAGCCAAAAUGACGUCCAUGUUGGAGAAAUGACCGUGAAAGAGACACUCGAUUUCUCAGCAAGAUGUCAAGGAGUUGGCACUCGAUAUGAUCUACUAAAUGAGUUGGCAAGAAGAGAAAAACAAGCUGGAAUUUUACCCGAAGCUGAAAUCGAUCUAUUUAUGAAGGCCACAGCAAUUGAAGGAGUUGAAAGCAGUUUAAUUACUGAUUACACUCUCAAAAUCUUAGGAAUUGAUAUUUGUAAGGACAUUAUUGUUGGAGAUGAGAUGCGACGUGGUAUUUCUGGAGGUCAAAAGAAACGAGUUACCACUGGUGAGAUAAUAGUAAGUCCUACAAAGACAUUAUUUAUGGAUGAAAUAUCAACGGGUUUAGAUAGUUCAACGACCUAUCAAAUAGUGAAGUGCUUACAACAAAUUGUGCACCUCACGGAUGCUACGGUGGUCAUGUCCUUACUACAGCCGGCCCCUGAGACGUUCGAUCUUUUUGAUGACAUCAUCCUCUUAUCCGACGGUCAGAUCGUGUAUGAGGGUCCACGAGAACACGUACUGGAAUUUUUCGGAUCGUGUGGAUUUCAGUGUCCUGACAGAAAGGGAACCGCCGAUUUCUUGCAAGAGGUAACGUCGAGGAAGGACCAAAGGCAAUUCUGGGCGAAUAGAAGCGAGGAAUACCGUUACACAACAGUUUCAGAAUUCGCAUCGCGAUUCAAGCAGUUCCAUGUGGGGAAGAAGCUACGUAACGAGCUCUCAGUUCCAUACGACAAGUCGUCAGGGCACAAAGCCGCUCUGGUGUAUCACAAGUACUCAAUCCCCAAAUUGGAGCUUCUUAAGGCCUGUACCCACAAAGAAUGGCUUCUUAUCAAGCGAAAUUCAUUCGUCCAUAUCUUCAAGAUGGUUCAGCUCAUCGUGGUUGGCUUCGUGUCAGCCACUGUGUUCUUCAGGGCCAAAAUGCACCACCGCAACGAAGAAGACGGUGCAAUUUAUAUUGGGGCUUUGAUUUUCACUAUGAUGGUCAAUAUGUUCAAUGGGUAUGCAGAUAUAGCUUUGACUAUUGCCAGAUUGCCGGUGUUCUUCAAGCAGAGGGACCUUCUUUUUCACCCUCCUUGGACUUUCACACUCCCUACUGUUCUUCUUCGUCUUCCUUUGUCUGUCCUUGAAUCUACUGUUUGGAUGGUUAUGACCUAUUACACCAUUGGAUUUGCACCCGAAGCUUCCAGGUUUUUCAAGCAGUUCUUAUUGGUGUUUCUUAUCCAACAAAUGGCUUCUGGGCUCUUUAGGUUCAUUGCUGGUUGCUGCAGGACCAUGAUAAUUGCCAAUACUGGAGGUUCUCUCACUCUCUUAAUUGUGUUCAUGCUUGGUGGCUUCACUCUUCCUAAAGGCGAUAUUCCCAAGUGGUGGACUUGGGGCUACUGGAUUUCACCAAUGACUUAUAGUUACAAUGCCAUCAGUGUAAAUGAAAUGUUUGCUCCGAGGUGGAUGAAGAGGCUGGCUUCAGACAAUAAAACCCCAUUGGGUUUGGCUGUGCUUAAGAACUUCGAUAUUUUCCAAGACAGAAAUUGGUUUUGGAUUGGAGCUGGAGCUCUUUUGGGAUUAGCAAUCCUCUUCAAUGUUCUUUUUACGCUUGCACUUAUGUACUUAAAUCCUUUUGGGAGGCCACAAGCAAUUGUAUCAAGAGAAUCAACAGAAGAGUUGGACUUUGAGCAAGAUGUCAAAGAACUGACUCCGAGACAAGCAGAGUCAAAAACAGAUUCGAUGAUAAGAUCAUUAUCUUCUUCUGAUGGGAACAAUACAAGAGAAAUGACUAUUUUGCGAAUGAGCAGCAGAUCUACUAAUAGUGGACGAUGUGGGGAUUCCCCUCUUAGGAGUGGUGUGAAUACAAAGCGAGGAAUGGUUCUUCCAUUCAAUCCACUUGCAAUGUCCUUUGAUAGUGUAAAUUACUAUGUGGACAUGCCCUCUGAAAUGAAGAACCAUGGGGUCAAAGAUAAUAGGCUCCAGCUACUUCGCGAAGUAACAGGUGCUUUUAGGCCUGGUGUCCUUACUGCACUGAUGGGUGUUAGUGGGGCUGGAAAGACAACUCUGAUGGAUGUUUUAGCUGGGAGGAAAACAGGCGGUUAUAUUGAAGGUGAUAUAAAAAUUUCAGGAUUUCCUAAGCAACAAGAAACGUUUGCAAGAAUUUCUGGAUAUUGUGAACAAAAUGAUAUUCACUCUCCUCAAGUUACUGUUCAAGAAUCCUUGAUUUACUCUGCUUUCCUAAGGCUCCCUAAAGAAGUUAGCAUCAUAGAGAAGAUGGAUUUUGUGGAUGAAGUGAUGGAACUGGUGGAGCUCAAGAAUCUUAGUGAUGCCAUAGUAGGGAUCCCUGGCAUAACAGGGUUGUCUACAGAGCAGAGAAAGAGGUUAACAAUUGCAGUGGAGCUUGUUUCUAAUCCGUCAAUCAUUUUUAUGGAUGAACCAACUUCAGGUCUUGAUGCAAGAGCAGCUGCAAUUGUGAUGAGAACUGUUAGGAAUACGGUGGAUACUGGUAGAACUGUUGUAUGUACAAUUCACCAACCUAGUAUUGAUAUAUUUGAAGCUUUUGAUGAGCUGCUUUUAAUGAAAAGGGGAGGACAAGUGAUCUAUGCAGGUCCUUUGGGUCGCAAUUCUCAUAAGCUAAUUGAAUAUUUUGAGGCUAUUCCAGGAGUGCCAAAAAUUAAAGAAAAGUACAAUCCGGCUACCUGGAUGCUGGAGGUAAGCUCAGUAGCAGCUGAAGUUCAGCUUAAAAUGGACUUUGCUGACCAUUACAGGGCAUCAUCCUUAUAUCAGCGAAAUAAGACUUUAGUAAAAGAGUUAAGCACCCCAACACCAGGAUCAAGAGACCUCUAUUUUUCCACUCAAUACUCCCAGUCCAUGUGGGGGCAGUUCAAAUCUUGCCUUUGGAAGCAGUCAUGGACCUACUGGAGAAGUCCUGAUUACAACCUUGUUAGGUUUCUUUUCGCUUUGACUGCUGCCCUCAUGUUAGGAACCAUUUUCUGGAAAGUUGGCUCCAAGAUGGAUGACGUAACGGACCUAAACACAAUUAUUGGAGCAAUGUAUUCUUCUGUCUUAUUUAUCGGAGUGAACAACUGCUCUACUGUACAACCAUUAGUUGCUACAGAAAGAAGCGUAUUUUAUCGAGAGAGAGCUGCAGGGAUGUAUUCGUCGUUUCCUUACGCCCUUGCUCAGGUGAUAAUUGAAAUACCAUACGUGUUCUGCCAGACAGCUUACUAUACUCUCAUUGUAUAUGCAAUGGUUGACUUUCAGUGGACAGCUGAAAAAUUCUUCUGGUUCUUCUUCGUCAAUUUCUUUACUUUCCUCUGCUUUACCUAUUACGGUUUGAUGACAGUGUCUAUCACACCAAACCACCAAGUAGCCUCCAUUUUCGCUGGUGCUUUCUAUAUACUCUUCUGUCUCUUCUCUGGCUUCUUCAUCCCAAAACCAAAAAUCCCAAAGUGGUGGCUAUGGUAUUACUGGAUUUGCCCAGUGGCGUGGACUGUAUAUGGGUUGAUUGUAUCCCAGUAUAGGGAUAUAGAGACUCUCAUCAAAGUGCCAGGAGCAGAAGAUACAACAGUCAAAUCAUAUAUAGAACACCAUUAUGGGUACCGCCCAGAUUUUAUGGGCCCUGUGGCUGCAGUUUUAGUGGGAUUCACAGUCUUCUUUGCCCUUGUGUAUGCCCGCUGCAUUAAGUCGUUGAACUUCCAAACAAAAUAGGAUUAGACCCAACAAUGCAGUUCUAGGCCCUCACCAUCGAAAAACCUUCAACAGUAACAAGGAGUAAGAGAAGCACAACCCCACACAUUGGCCCUUCGAGAGGAGUGAGAAUCGCCACCAAAGAGGAACUCCCUCUUUCGUCCUCCCACCCCACAUUUGUCAAAAGAAAAAGUAACCAAAACCAUUAAUUACAUUGAGCGCACUUGUGUGACCUCCAAGCACACUCUAGCGUGUAGGAUGACCAGUGGUGCAAUUUGAUGAAAUUAUAAUGCAAAAACGAAUAUCCAAAACCAUCACAUUGUAAUGUUUUAUCUAGGUUGAUGAUGCAAUUUGACCAAAUUGAAAAGAGUUGUUGUGCCUAAAUCGAGUUAUGAAGUGGGUUACGGAAGGUUUUUACUAGGUUAACCGGUCGAUAGAUAACUUAAGUCAAUUGAUCCUACUAAAUUGUUUAAGAGAGUAAAGACCUGCUUCCUACCUUGAAAA